GAGAGGGUUAUUUUCUCUUUUUUAUUUUUUCUCAGCUGCACUUAUUUGGGCUUGUGUGAACCCGACGCCCCGCCCCGGCCCCCAGGAGCCGCUCUUAUUUAAAGGGGCUCCUCACCUUGUCUCUCUGUCCCAGUGGAAGCAUCAGUCUUGUGAUAACAACUUGACCAACCAGAAAACCAACCAUGUGCGACGACGACGAGACUACCGCCCUUGUGUGCGACAACGGCUCUGGCUUGGUCAAGGCUGGAUUUGCCGGAGAUGACGCUCCCCGUGCUGUCUUCCCGUCCAUUGUUGGAAGGCCCCGUCACCAGGGUGUGAUGGUCGGUAUGGGUCAGAAGGACAGCUACGUAGGUGAUGAGGCUCAGAGCAAGAGAGGUAUCUUGACCCUGAAGUACCCCAUUGAGCAUGGCAUCAUCACUAACUGGGACGACAUGGAGAAGAUCUGGCACCACACCUUCUACAAUGAGCUGCGUGUGGCACCCGAGGAGCACCCAACCCUGCUCACCGAGGCCCCUCUCAACCCCAAGGCCAACAGGGAGAAGAUGACUCAGAUCAUGUUUGAGACCUUCAACGUCCCUGCCAUGUAUGUGGCCAUCCAGGCUGUGCUGUCCCUGUACGCCUCCGGCCGUACCACCGGUAUUGUGCUGGACGCUGGUGACGGUGUGACCCACAACGUCCCAGUCUAUGAGGGUUACGCUCUGCCCCACGCCAUCAUGCGUCUGGAUCUGGCCGGUCGCGAUCUGACUGACUAUCUCAUGAAGAUCCUGACUGAGAGAGGCUACUCUUUCGUUACAACCGCUGAGCGUGAGAUCGUGCGCGACAUCAAGGAGAAGCUCUGCUAUGUGGCUCUGGACUUCGAGAACGAGAUGGCCACCGCCGCCUCCUCCUCCUCUCUGGAGAAGAGCUACGAGUUGCCCGACGGUCAGGUGAUCACCAUCGGUAACGAGCGUUUCCGCUGCCCCGAGACCCUCUUCCAGCCUUCCUUCAUUGGUAUGGAGUCUGCUGGUAUCCAUGAGACCGCCUACAACAGCAUCAUGAAGUGCGACAUUGACAUCCGUAAGGAUCUGUACGCCAACAACGUCUUGUCCGGCGGUACCACCAUGUACCCUGGUAUUGCUGACCGUAUGCAGAAGGAGAUCACUGCUCUGGCCCCCAGCACCAUGAAGAUCAAGAUCAUUGCUCCUCCCGAGCGUAAGUACUCCGUCUGGAUCGGUGGCUCCAUCUUGGCUUCCCUGUCCACCUUCCAGCAGAUGUGGAUCACCAAGCAGGAGUACGACGAGGCAGGCCCAUCCAUUGUCCACAGGAAGUGCUUCUAAACCAACAACAAUCUCUCAGUCUCAGCCGUACAUUUGUACUGUCUCUUUUACUGUAUAUACAUGUAAUGUUGUAAUAAAAACAGAUAACUGAUAACAAACAA